AUGCUAUAUUUCGGCAAUAGAAUAUUCCGUGUUUUAUUCUUCUUUCUAUUGCAAAUAGUGUACUCCGGUCAAGUUUGCCCGAAUUAUGACAUUCGCGUUGACUGUGCCUGGCGUGUGGACGUUGUACAGCAAAAUCUAAAUCUAACAACAGUCAGCGUUAUUAAACCAGCUGACCUUAUACCCGUUAGUUCCAUUAUUUCUGAUAAAGCGCUGAACCUAGUCGUUGAAGACGAACUGACUGUGGAUGCCUACUACUCGUACCCAUAUGCUUUGCAAAUACAGAUUACAUGCUGUAAUGAAAUUACACCAUCAGUCAUUAGAAAUUCAGUUGCUACAGGGAUGUCUCCAAAAGUUAUUGUGAGUUCUACCAACAAAACUCGGGGUACUGUGCAACAUGUAUUGUCAGCUAUUCUGAUUGAUUUAGUUGAACUUGGAGUGUCUACUGAGAUGGAAUGUCAACACACAUUGUGUCAUCCUGCAUGGGUUGUACCACUGCCUUUAGAUAACCAAACACAUUCUGUGCAUGUUGAAGUUACUACCAAUGGUAUAGGACUAUUUUCACAUGUAUACAGGAAAACAAUUUACCAUGAAUACUUUGAAACAGAAUCAGAAGUAAAUAUGUUAGGAGAGAAAAUCUUACUGAAUGAUACAGUCAUUGAUGAAGUCAGUUCCAGUGAUUCUACCAUAGUUGUUACCAAAGAUAGUAUGCCAUCUAUCUUUAAAGGAAAGGCCAAUACUCUACUGUUUAGUCAAGACCACUUUCAAACUGUUGAUGUAUUGAAGAUUGAAUUACCGAGUGAUCGACCAGUAUGCAAUGUUUCCACCACUGAGCCAAUGCUUUAUGAUAGUUUAGUUCUUACUGAGAAGAUACUAUUGGGCACAUCAAGAGGCUUGUAUGAAAUAAGUGAAGAUUACAUAAAUGUGUUAGAAGUGUGUGUUAAGAUGUUGAUAUCACCCUUACAGCAGUCCAUUACAGACUCUAAUAUGCUUGCCGUCACAGAGCAUCGUGAUGUCUAUACUAUAGGCUAUAAAAGUGAAAAUGAUUACACUUUGACAUUUUCUAUACUGGCUGGUCACAGUGAAGGAUCUAUCUGUGACUUUCUGGAAAAUGUUGUAGAUACAGUUGAAAGUGAAAACUGUAGUGUUGUGAGUGCCAGCAUUGAUCCCACACAACAGGAUACAUAUUUGUUUUUAUUACGUGUUACCAUAGAUAUAUCACAUGACUAUUUCCUUGUAGAGUAUGCAGGUACGCAAGGAUCUGGCAGCUGGGAGCUUGUCACAUCAGUUGCAGAUAUUGAUAAUUGGAGUGACUUUCAAGAUAUAUCAGUAGGGUCAUGGUGUGGAUUGUCAUAUACAACAUUAGUCUCAUCACAUCUCUUCAUAUGGGGAAAUGCAAUUAUACAAAGUGCCGAUAAUGGUAGAACUCUGUACUUAAUGUCUAUGUACCCUGUACAUGAUAAGUCAAUAAUCACAGUGGCUACGUUUUCUCUAGAUGGUGCAUUUGCAGUGUUGAAUCAAAUGCAAGAGGUAUGGUAUGGCAUUGUAGGUAAUUUCAACAGUAUAACUAAGCUAGUACCAACUUCAACAUCGGUAUUACUAUCAAAUCUGAUGCUGGGUGAUGCUGAGAAUACAACCACAUUGGCAGUCUUCUUUGAUUCAUACAAUCAACUCUAUCAGUUAAUGGUUUUAAGUGCUUACAAUGCAACAGAUGUCAUUAGUCGGUACCUGGUGCCAGUGACAGAUAUCAUCACAGGUCAAAAUUUUGUAGAUAGCCAGAAUGAUGGAAUUGAUGGUCUUGAAUGCUCCUCUAGAUCAUGCCCAUAUAUAGAUAUACGCUUUGAGGCACCAAUCAGUCAAAAUUACAGUAGAAUAGAAAAAUACACAUAUGAAGCACCAUGUCAUAAGUACGAGUAUGCAGGUAAUCUUGAAGCAUUGUAUGUAUAUCAAGGAUUGGUUCAUCGAAUCAUUCAGCAGUGCUGUGCUAAUACAAAGAUAUAUGAUGAAGACAGUAUUUCAGGUAGAUUACCAGACACGAUAUACUUAGAUAGAAAUCAGUCCUACAAGUUUAGUCUUAGGAUUUCAGUAGAUGAUAGUAGCUGCAACACAGGCACAGCUGCUCUUCAGAAGACACAAGUACAGAUAGACGUAUCUGACCAAUUAUUGGAUGUUUUUGCUGAAAGACAAGUACAUGUUAUUAAUAACACUGUGAUUUAUCAGGUCACUGUGCAAGAAUCGGAUGUAGAGGUUGGUGUGGUCAGUCAUUUCCCAGCUAAAUCAAUAUCACUAAUGUUACAAAUAUGGAACUCAGCAUUUAAAUGCAUCACGCAUAGAUUUAACGAAAAACACAUUGAGGGCAGCUAUGUAAUGAAUGUUAUGCUUGGGUGUCCACCAGGAAAGCAUUUAAUUUUUGAUAUGAAGCAAUCCUUAGACUUUUCAAGCUCUGUCAGUGAAGUUGCUUAUGACUGUCCAGUUUCUGAUCCUGAGAUGCCAUGCCUUUAUUAUGAAAAUGGAUUCUACCCUCAUUUCUACAUUGAAGAAAUGUCAACAGGACAUAAAGAGUUAUUCACUGGCAAAUAUAUUAUGAAAAUCAUUGGUGGUGGUCUCUCUAUAUUGGAAAUAACACACUACUCUUCUAAUGAGAUUGCAAUGUAUAAUUCUAAUCGCCCACACGCGACUCCUGUGAUGGUAGGAAAAAACACUUCAGAACAAGAUAAUGAUGGUAUGUUUAUAUAUACACACCAGACAAAGGGAAUCAUAUGGCAUUGUCAAGCACAGUCACCUUGUGGUAACGUUCCUUUAGCCUUUCCAUAUGCACCUGAGUAUUACUUCCUGAUUGAAGUAUCAAAUAGUUAUAUAUUAGUCUAUCUGAUAUGUAAUCGAUAUGUUUGGAAGCGUUUCAAGAGUAAAGUUUUAAAUGUCGAAAUGGAGCUGGAAGAGCUCGAACAAUCACUAUCUGAGUCCCGAUCAGCCUCAGAUAUGUAUGAUAGCAGUGAUGAAGAAGUCAUAGCCAUUCAUCAUCUCAUUCCAUCCAGGGAUAACUUCAAUAAAGGAAGUACAAGUGAGUUACAUGUUUCUGACAGGGGUGCUGCAUCUGACUCUGCAGCGUCUCUUCACAAGAGAAAUUUAAAGAAAAAAUUGGAGGAACAACGGAUUCAUAAUCUAUAA